AUGUCGCUGAGAACAUUUGCCACGCUCAAGAAGAAGGGAAAAUCUAAAAAGACACUCCCAUACGCUCGUGAUCCAGAUCUCGCGUAUGAUCGCACACGCAACAACCUUCUCGAAGGCCUCAAGGUUGCAAAGGCGGUGACCGAGGCGACCUCCUUCCUUGGACCUAUGAAGGCAGUUUGCGAGCUCGGUAUUCUCUUCCUGGAAACGACAAAGGUGAGAUCUGAUUUCGCGCUCAAAGCUCCUCCGUUGGCGCGUGCUGAUUGCUCGAUGCCAAAGGCCGUUGAUGAAAACACGUCGAGCCUCAAAGAAAUUCACCAGAGGCUCUCUACCCAUAUUGGAAUCUUGGAUGAAAGCAUUGGGACGUUGCCUUCCGAGACACGUGGGCCAGCGGCGAUUGCCGAAUUCCAACACGCGCAACAGCAAUACGUAGCUGGCCUGAAAGUCAUUCGGGACAGGCUCAAAGACAUGCUCGCCCAACGAGGCAGCGUCACCUUGCGUAGCAUCCUCGGAAAGAUUGCAGACGCACGCAUUGAUCCAGAGAUCAUUGCAUCGAUCAAGGAAGAGAUUGCCCAGCUCUCGAAAAUCUUUUCUGUAGGCAAUUCGCAAACUGCGGUACCGACUGACUCGACGUUUUCUCAGGAAGCGACAUCAAGAUCCAUGAUUGUCCUUCAAGAGGAAGCAUGGAAGAUGGCCAGCCUUGGGCCUGAGCAGGCCCGACCCAUGGGUACUCAACACCAGCUCUGCUUGCCUGGGACGCGGACUUCAGUUCUCCAAGAGAUCCGCAACUGGGCUACUGGCGAAGAUUCCGAAAAGCCUAUCUUUUGGCUUUGCGACAUCGGUGGGACGGGUAAAUCUACUGUUGUGUAUACGCUCUGUCACGAGUGGGAUACCAAGGAUCAGUUUAUCCAGUUUAUUUUUGCCCGUUUCUUCUUCUCGAAGAACGCUCGUUCGACAUCAGAGACGGACAUUGUCUGUACAAAACUUGCUAAAGACCUCGGCUCAAAGGACGACACCAUCCGGGCUUAUGUCAAAGACGCAUUCAAGAAGGACGAGGAGCUCGGCACGAGACCAUUAUCUUACCAAUUCUUGAAGCUCGUCGAAGCUUCCAUACGGUUAGCCUCCAGGCGCGUCGUCUUGGUGAUUGAUGCGGUCGAUGAGUGUAAACAAAAUAUGAGACGUGAUCUACUCAGCCUCAUCGUUGAACGACUUCCGACUCUCCCAAACCUUCGAAUCCUUCUCACAAGUCGUCCAGAGCCAGAUAUAAUGGCAUUACUUCGGGGAAAGGCUAUUGUCCGAAGCAUGCACUAUGAGCUUCAGGGAAGCGAAAAUCCGUCAAACGUUAGCGACAUCACAGUUUACGUCAACACAUAUCUUACGGGGCUUCUCUCGGAGUCGGAGCGUAACAAGCUCAUCGCCAAAGCUAACGGGCUUUUUAUAUGGGUUGCUACAGCCCGUAGAGAGCUUGAAGACGCAGAUGGUCCUGACGCUCGUGCUCGUACACUUGCCAGCCUCAUCACACGAGGAAAAGGAGGCGACAUAAACCACCUUUAUACCGGGAUUCUUCGUCGCCUCUCUAAGGAGGCCUCUCUAGAAGCGGUGAAAAAGAUCAUUGGAACUAUCUCUAUUCUUUUCGAGCCAGUUUCUAUACCAGCACUCUCCAAGCUCGCCGGUAUGAACCUGGACGAUUUGGAGCCUAUGAUCAUGUCCAUGCGUAGCGUACUUCGCACUGACCAUGUUGUCGAGUUCCUGCAUCCGACGUUUCAAGAAUACCUUCUCAGUCCAUACAACGUGGAUAUACCAUUCGAAUCGACAGCAAUGCAAUCAGAUUUGGCUACAUCUGUCCUCAAAGUGCUUCAAGAGGAUCUAAAAGAAGAUAUUUGCAGCAUUUCCCUGCCAAACGAACCUUAUCCAAAGAAUGCAGACGUCAUGGAUCUGGAUAAACGUCUGGAACGAUUAUGGACAAGUUGUCCGGCGCUACCUUAUGGAGCAAAGUACUGGGGCUAUCAUGUGUCUACUGUCGUAACAGAGAAACAGGUGGCCCAGAUGCUGCGGAUGUUUUUAGAAAGUGGAAUUCUCUACCUUGUAGAGCUGUUAAGCUUGAUGGGUCGCUUGCAUCUUAUUCGAAAUUUCGAAGAAGUUCGGCAAAGUUGUGAAUACCAAGGGUUGGUUGAUGAUGUCGAGGUAUGCCAUGAUACAGUUAGACUUGUCCAGAGGCAUCAAGAAACACUAGAGAAGAGUGCACUGGAUAUCUACUCAUCAGGGCUACUAUUCCUCCCUCGAAAGUCACAACUGUGGACGAUAUACAAGAGCAAGUUUUCAGAUCGGCUACCAAGAAUCAUUGGAGGACCAUCAGUGCAUUGGCCCUCACACCAGACUUUGACUGGACAUACCAGUUCGGUCUCAUGUCUGGCCUUCUCGCCAGAUGGGCGCCAUCUUGCGUCUGGCUCUAACGAUGGCACUGUACGCCUGUGGGAUGGGACCACCGGUGCAAGCCUUGGGACGCUUGAGGGACAUACCAAUCAGGUCUGGUGUCUGGCCUUCUCGCCAGAUGGGCGCCGUCUUGCAUCUGGCUCUGGGGAUCGCACUGUACGCCUGUGGGAUGGGACCACCGGUGCAAGCCUUGGGACGCUUGAGGGACAUACCAUCAGGUCUGUGUCUGGCCUUCUCGCCAGAUGGGCGCCGUCUUGCGUCUGGCUCUGGGAUCGCACUGUACGCCUGUGGGAUGGGACCACCGGUGCAAGCCUUGGGACGCUUGAGGGACAUACCGAUCAGGUCUGGUGUCUGGCCUUCUCGCCAGAUGGGCGCCGUCUUGCAUCUGGCUCUUGGGAUCGCACUGUACGCCUGUGGGAUGGGACCACCGGUGCAAGCCUUGGGACGCUUGAGGGACAUACCAGAGAUGGGCGCCGUCUUGCAUCUGGCUCUUGGGAUUGCACUGUAUGCCUGUGGGAUGGGACCACCGGUGCAAGCCUUGGGACGCUUGAGGGACAUACCAGGGAGGUCCGGUGUCUGGCCUUCUCGCCAGAUGGGCGCCGUCUUGCGUCUGGCUCUGGGGAUCGCACUGUACGCCUGUGGGAUGGGACCACCGGUGCAAGCCUUGGGACGCUUGAGGGACAUACCGGUCCUGUCCAAUGUCUGGCCUUCUCGCCAGAUGGGCACCGUCUUGCGUCUGGCUCUGGGGAUUGCACUGUACGCCUGUGGGAUGGGACCACUGGUGCAAGCCUUGGGACGCUUGAGGGACAUACCAAUCAGGUCCAAUGUCUGGCCUUUUCGCCAGAUGGGCGCCGUCUUGCGUCUGGCUCUGGGGAUGGCACUGUACGCCUGUGGGAUGGGACCACCGGUGCAAGCCUUGGGACGCUUGAGGGACAUACCGAUCAGGUCCAAUGUCUGGCCUUCUCGCCAGAUGGGCGCCGUCUUGCGUCUGGCUCUUGGGAUCGCACUGUACGCCUGUGGGAUGGGACCACCGGUGCAAGCCUUGGGACGCUUGAGGGACAUACCGGUCCUGUCCAAUGUCUGGCCUUCUCGCCAGAUGGGCGCCGUCUUGCGUCUGGCUCUGGGGAUGGCACUGUACGCCUGUGGGAUGGGACCACCGGUGCAAGCCUUGGGACGCUUGAGGGACAUACCGAUCAGGUCUGGUGUCUGGCCUUCUCGCCAGAUGGGCGCCGUCUUGCAUCUGGCUCUUAUGAUCGCACUGUACGCCUGUGGGAUGGGACCACCGGUGCAAGCCUUGGGACGCUUGAGGGACAUACCGAUCAGGUCCAAUGUCUGGCCUUCUCGCCAGAUGGGCGCCGUCUUGCGUCUGGCUCUUGGGAUCGCACUGUACGCCUGUGGGAUGGGACCACUGGUGCAAGCCUUGGGACGCUUGAGGGACAUACCAAUUGGGUCCGGUGUCUGGCCUUCUCGCCAGAUGGGCACCAUCUUGCAUCUGGAUCUGGGGAUCGCACUGUACGCCUGUGGGAUAUCACCACCCCACCCAGUUUGGAACCUCCUUAUGCGCUCAAUCAUGUUCCCAGGCAUUUAUAUUUCUUCCAAGGUGGACAUUUCUUACAUGUGGACAAUGGACCACCAUGA